CGGAACUGUCCAACAGCAUUUUCGAGCGUCAUCAUUGGUGGCCUCGUUUGACUUCACCCUCCAUUCCUUCUAUCAACGACCUAUUUUUUUACAUUUUUCACUGAGUGCAUAGAGAUGUAUAAAAGUCUAUUCUGAUUCUCUGAUUAAUCACAACUCCAAUCUGGGGGGAGUGAGACCUAGGAGUGUGGUGGAUUCUUUGAAACACCACCCCCACCGCUCAUACCUCUCUCAUCUUUCUCUCUCUACAGAGCUAUGGUUUCUCACGUCCAAAACGGUGACAGCUCACUCGAUACCGGCCAUACCCGUCUACACGAGCUCGGCUACAAACAAGAACUCAAGCGUGAUCUCUCGGUAGUCUCAAAUUUUGCAUUUUCAUUCUCAAUCAUAUCGGUGCUUACGGGUAUAACUACUCUGUACAAUACUGGGCUUAAUUAUGGUGGACCAGUUGUAUUGGUUUAUGGGUGGCUUAUUGCUGGUGUUUUCACUAUGAUUGUUGGUUUGUCUAUGGCUGAGAUUUGUUCUUCUUAUCCUACUUCUGGGGGACUGUAUUAUUGGAGUGCCAAGCUUGCUGGCCCUAGUUGGGCACCCUUUGCCUCAUGGCUCACUGGCUGGUUCAAUAUUGUUGGUCAGUGGGCUGUUACAACAAGUGUAGAUUUCUCACUUGCACAGCUGAUUCAAGUGAUUAUUCUCCUUAGCACAGGUGGGAAAAAUGGUGGCGGAUACCAGGCUUCUAAAUAUGUAGUUAUUGGCAUACAUGGUGGAAUUUUGCUCCUACAUGCUAUCAUCAACAGCCUUCCUAUUACGUGGUUGUCCUUAUUUGGACAGUUUGCUGCUCUCUGGAAUCUUAUAGGUGUCUUUGUUCUUAUGAUUCUCAUUCCCACGGUUGCCAAGGAAAAGGCCAGUGCCAAGUUUGUUUUCACUUUCUUCAACACAGACAAUGGUGAUGGAAUCAACAGUAAAGUCUAUAUAUUUGUCCUCGGACUCCUGAUGAGCCAGUAUACCCUUACUGGAUAUGAUGCAUCUGCCCAUAUGACAGAGGAAACCAAAAGUGCAGAUAAGAAUGGACCAAAGGGAAUAAUUAGUGCCAUUGGGAUAUCUGUAAUUGUUGGAUGGGGUUACCUACUAGGUGUCACCUUUGCCGUCACUAAAAUCCCAAACCUUUUGAGCGAGAACAAUGAUGCCGGUGGAUAUGCCAUUGCUGAAGUGUUUUACUUAGCAUUCAAAAAUAGAUAUGGCAAUGGUAUCGGGGGGAUUAUUUGCUUGGGAGUGGUUGCUGUUGCUAUAUUUUUCUGUGGUAUGAGCUCAAUUACGAGUAAUUCAAGGAUGGCUUACGCGUUCUCAAGAGAUGGUGCCAUGCCAUUGUCAUCGGUUUGGCAUAAAGUAAACAAGCAUGAGGUCCCCUUGAAUGCUGUCUGGCUCUCUGCUAUAAUUGCAUUUUGCAUGGCUUUGACGUCUCUUGGAAGCAUAGUGGCAUUUCAAGCCAUGGUAUCAAUAGCGACAAUUGGACUCUACAUUGCUUAUGCUCUUCCCAUAUUCUUCAGGGUGACUCUGGCUCGCAAGUCCUUCACUCCUGGCCCUUUCAACCUAGGCCGCUAUGGGGUUCUAGUUGGUUGGAUUGCAGUUCUUUGGGUUGCAACCAUAUCAGUGCUCUUCUCUUUACCUGUGUCAUACCCAAUUACCGAUCAGACUCUUAAUUAUACACCAGUUGCAGUUGGUGGCCUUCUCAUUCUCACCGUUGCUUCUUGGAUCUUUAGUGCUCGACACUGGUUUAAAGGCCCCAUCACCAACAUAGACGAUGUUUUGUGAAUAGAACAAUAUUUGUUUCCUAGAUGCAAAAAUAACAAUAGUUUGUUUUGUCUCUUCGAGUUUUAUGUUAUUUUCUAGUUUAUAAUACAAUGCUCCUGAUAAUUUUUGUGUUUAGUGAAUUGGAAAGUAACGGAUUCAA